AUGAAUGACCCCUGCUGGCCGGCCCCCUCUGCCCACAGUGACGGCCUGUUUCAGACUCGCGAGGCUGCUGGAUCGCCGACCAGCCCGCCGGCUGUGCAGUCGCCGAGGUACAGCCUGUUCCCUGGCACCUCCCCGCCGGCGCCUGCCGUCAGCCGAGCGCGUGUGGAGCAGAGGGUGGUUUAUCCCCAGCCCAAGGCGCUAAUACCCUCGAGGAAGGACGUGCUCGUCCUGACCCCUUGGUUGGCCCCCAUCGUCUGGGAGGGGACCUUCAACGUGGACCUCCUGAACCAGCAGUUCCGGCUCCGGAACGUCACCAUCGGGCUGACCGUGUUUGCCAUCAAGAAGUACGUGGUCUUCCUGAAGCUGUUCCUGGAGACGGCGGAGGAGCACUUCAUGGUGGGACACCCGGUCAACUACUACAUCUUCACCGACCGGCCCGCCGACGUGCCGCGAGUGCCCCUGCGGGACGGCCGCCGCGUGGUGGUCCUCCAGGUCCCCGCGGCCAAGCGCUGGCAGGAUGUGUCCAUGCGCCGCAUGGAGAUGCUCAGCAGCUUCUGCGAGCAGCGCUUCCGGCACGAGGUGGACUUCCUGGUGUGCACGGACGUGGACAUGCGCUUCCGCGACCACGUGGGCGUGGAGAUCCUGUCCUCGCUCUUCGGCACCCUGCAUCCCGGCUUCUACCAGGCCUCCCGCGAGGCCUUCACCUACGAGCGCAGGCCGCAGUCCCAGGCCUACAUCCCCCGGGACCAGGGAGACUUUUACUACCUGGGGGGCUUCUUCGGGGGCUCGGUGUCCGAGGUUCACCAGCUCACCACAGCCUGUCACCAGGCCAUGAUGGCGGACUGGGCCAGCGGCAUCGAGGCCGUCUGGCACGACGAGAGCCACCUGAACAAGUACCUGCUGGACCACAAGCCCACCAAGGUGCUGUCCCCGGAGUACCUGUGGGACGAGUCGCUGCUAGGCUGGCCACCCGUCCUGAAGAAGCUGCGGUUCGUGGCCGUUCCCAAGAACCACCAGGAGAUCCGCAACCGCUGAGGGGCGCGGGGAAGGGCGGAGGGAGGGCGCGGGGGCCGCCUGGGACGGAGCCUU